AAGACACCAUGAACGACGGCGCAGCGUGGGCGCUGGUGGCGGAGACGUUGGUGUUGGAAGCAGAGCAGGCAGCAAAGAACAAGGGCACCGGGGUGUUCGGGGGACAGCUGGACAGCAAGCCCCAGGAGUGCCCUCCUCGGGACGUGGCGCGCGCGUACUUCAACCUCAUGUUGACUUGCCGCGAGCUGUACCAUGACCUGCCGUGGGCCAUGCCCAAGUGGUGCCUGUCCACCGUGUUCACAAAGAGCACAAACGUGUGGAAUCGCCAGAGCCGAACGACUGAGCACUGGGUUGACGUGUUUCAACGGGACCUUCUUGUGCCCGCCCACGCAGCGACCACCUCGGCAAUGAUGGCCCUCGCGAUGGCCAUGCAAACCACCGCGCUCCCUUUACAAGAAGACGACACUGCGCAUGUCGUCGUGUGGUUGGAGAACCGCUUCCUCGCGUAUUGUUGGCUGGGUGUGGCGUGGAAAAGCACGUGCACCUUUCUCCGCUCCAGGCUCCAGUCUCCUCCACAGACGCAGAGCUUCUGGCAUCGGUUCGCACGCUCUGGACACGUGACGUACACGUCCCUUGAAGACGUCGAGUCGUGGGCCGCAGACGUGAAUCAGGCACUCGACGCCAGUGAGCACGACAGCAGUGUGCACGGUGCAGAUGCACGCAAGCAAGAAGGAGGCACCAGCACGUCCACAGAUGCAGGAGGGACAAGCACCCGAAGCGCCCAACCACAGCACUCUCAGAAGCAGCAACAGCACGUUGGUGACAGGGUCACAGUCACCGCUGCGUUCGCCCCAGCACUGUUUUCGCUCACGGCUGAAUUCAUGUGCCAGGGUGAUGCUGAUCGGUGGCAUGAGCUCCGCACGUCGCUGCUCGCCAACUCACGCGGCGUUGACGUGAACCUGGUCAUUCAAAGUCCGUUGGAGUCGCUCAGCGCGUGUCACAUCGAUUUCCUUGACAUCCAAUCCACUGAGAUUGGCCACGUUACAAUCCAUGACGUGAAACGUGUCACGUGGUGUGCUCGAAAUCAGCGGACCCUUCGUGGCGAUAUUCAACACAUGCAGCGGUUUGAACUGAGCGACAGCACCUCCAUCUCCGACUUGGGCAUGUUGAACGCGGGCAUUCCGGAAAUCAGGCUUGCUCGCUUGUACGGCCGCUCGUUGGACCUGUCGCCGCUGCUCGGGGUGGAAAAGCUCGACAUUGUUGGCGCACACCUGAGCGGCGAUGAUGCGGUGGUGACCGCAGCACAACACCUCAGCCUCCGUCAGGUGCAGUUGCAGAAUGACAAACUCGAUGGCACCCGUAUUACGCUCUCACACAUGCUGGAAGUGCCAAGACUGUUGCAUUUGCCCAACGCUACCCACAUUGAGUUGCGACUGCGAUCCAAAGUGAAGACGUUCACUUGCCCCACUCGCGUUGACAGAAUUGUGAUUGCCGAUGAAACACCCUUCACGAUGCCGCAGCUGCCCGACUUUGUGCACGCGAAUGUACUGGCACUCAAGUUGUUUCGAAGAGUGUUGUCACGCGAGUUUCUUGUGGACCUCGGCCGGCGCACCGACAAGCUCGUGCUCAAGGACUGUGUGAGGAAUGUCAGUGCCCUGAAUGGUAUCCCUGACCACGUGCACGUUUGUGUCGAUGGCGUCAACGUGGAUGGGCCGGUGCCGCCCUGUGUGAAAGAGCUGCAUGGCCUUGUCAAAGGCGAGCUUCACUGCGAGUGGAUUGGGCCGGCGGUGCAGUCGUUGACUCUCCACGGGCGAUUCCAGUACCCAAUGCACGGCAUCCACCUGCUUUCUGACCGACAAUACCUUCGCCUCACGUCCUGCACGCUCGAUCAAGACAUUGCGCGCUGCCACAGGGCCUCGCUACACAGUUGUUGUGGGCGUGUUGGCUUCACCUCCAUUGGCACGCUUUUGCUUGACGAAUUGACUGUGAGGGCCGCUCCUGCUCAGCAUGUGCCCAUUAUUGCCCCCUCCAAUGUUGUGUCGGAUGGUCCUGGCAGCUUGUCAAUCACAGGCUGUCGAGAAGUAUUCAAUUGCCACCUUCACAAGUGUGCCAUCUUGGAAUUUGAUUGCUUCCAAGGCAUUCAGCGGCUUGUUCUGCAGAGUUGCGCCUUUGACAACAUGCACGGGCUGUCAGACAUUGGCUGCGUUGUGCUGCGCAACUGCUACUCAACAAACUACCAUUGGCGGUGGCCUGAUGUCUCGCUCGUGAACCGCUUCUAAGGACAGUGGAAGGAGGCCUGAGCGUGUGUGAUCAGGUGGCUGGGGGGGGG